UGACUACAGCGCCUUUGUCUGGGCGCGCUGCGCACCGACCGCGGGGUCUUCUGGUUGUUGCAUAAGCAGUGAGACGCACAGUUACUUAACCCGAAUGUUUUCCAUUCAUUCGUACUGAGAAUACAGUUGAGUACAUUCUUCUUCACAACAAAACCAUUGUAGCUAGUGUUGUGCAACUCAGAUGCGUGGUCGUUUUCGAUUUAUUUCAUUUUUAACGUUGUCUACGGCCUACAAGAAGGAACAUAACGAGACAUGGAGAAAUGCAGCGGGACAACGAAGGCAACUUCUAAAAAAAGAAACGCUUCCUCAACUGAGGCAAGUCUUCCAGACUGCAAAAAGCUGAAAUCGAAGGAUGGUGGCAAGACUAGCUCAAAUAAAGUACAGAACAAGGAAAAGACUAAAAUGGAGAAGGUCUCAAGCAAGAAAAAACACAAAUUCUUGGGCAGCACAGAAGUUUCUCAAAGCUCUAAACAUGCAAGCAAGAAGAAGAUUCAGGAUGGAUGGCUAGAGGUGACAAAGAAUGACAAAGGACAACUUGUAUUUAAAGACUUCCCACAGUUCCAACCUAACAUGUCACCAAAAGAAGUACUUCAAGCUGGCAGCUUUGGUGGUACCUACUUCAGACCAAUAUACUCAAGUGUCACAAAACAACAUUGCGAAGAUGAAUGGAAGGAGCUCCCUGAGGAUUGGCUGAAAGGUUUGAACGUUCCAACACAGGUGGCCUCGUCAACAUACAGAGACAGGGUAAACACAUACAAAGUGAAGUGUGGAGGCAGUCUAGAAAUGUGGGAAAGCAGUGGAUGGAUUGUAACCCAGGAUCCCUAUGGGUGGUUUCAGUGGUACUGCAGGUUUUACCAGGGUCGGCGUACUAAGGAUGAUGAGCGUCAGAUCGGGCGAUGGGCAAAGUGUGCUGGGGUAAAAGGCAGGUGGAGAAAUAAUCUUAUCACCAAAGUAGUCCGAUCAGGCUGUGGCUUUGACAACCCAACAGUGUCUCCUGUUGUCAGACAGACAUUACAGCACUGGGGGUACCGACUGACAAAGGAGGACUACAAGGAGGGUGCCAAGAGGGUUAAACCAAAAUAACCUUGCACCCUGCUUCUAUUCAUUAUACAGGUACAGCAGUGGAGGCUGAUGGGAGUAGCUAUAGGAGGACGGGCUCAUUGUAAUGGCUGGAAUGAAUUUAAAUGGA